CUUUUUACAUCACCUCGGAUAAUAUGCAUCAUCUCAACCCUCAUGUUCUGGCUGAGGGGACCCCCUUCUCUCCUUCUUUCCUCUCUCUCUCUCUCUUCCAAUUAGAGGACCGGAGGGAUGAGGGAGUGACCGGCAGACAGGAGUCUUCUUUAAACGCCUCUUCUUAGGUCGGCCAUUAUGGUGUGUGCCACUAACUCCCCUGAUGGAAUGAAAUGUAAUUAGUGGAUUACAGUAGUCGGACAGCACUGCAGUUGGGGAACAUUUACUACCAAUGGAGGUGUUUUAAAUUGAUAUGCUCUAAUUCACAGUGUAGUCGUCAUUAGAUAAUCGAGCUUCAUGAACAUUAUUAAUCCUGACUUUUCGACAACAUCGAUUAAAUCAAGUAUAUCGGAAAGCUUUAGCUAGAGACCAGUCCUCCAGUUGGGGCUUUGAACGCAUUAAGAACAACGGGUGGCGCACAAUCGCCCUUCAUUCAGAAGAUGACUACUCUCAAACCAACACAGAAGGGGAUAUAAAGCAUUACUGCGGAAUACCAAGGAUUUGACCUGUUGCCAGAGCGUUAAAAGAAAGGAAGAUUAGGCAACUUGCCAAAAGCAAGACCUCUUCUCUGUUAUGUCUGUCUCCUCUUUACCGGAAUGGAAACAACUCCUGCUGGAACGAAAGAGGAGGGAGGAGGAGGAGCGAGAGAAGAGAGAAAAAGAGGAGGGGGACAAACUCGCCAGCAUGCCUUCCUGGAAGCGAGGGAUCAUCCAGAGGAGGAAAAUGAAACAGGAGAGUUUUGGGGACAAGGAGAGGGAGAGCCCCCUCCAAGUCAAGGAGGGCAGGUCCUCCUCUGAUCCUGCGAGUGACCUGGACAGCUCUACACUAGUGCAGCUGGAAAGUGAACCACCACUCAGCCCAGACAUCACAGGGCCUUGGCUGGAUGAAGAGGUUAAACCGCAGAGUCUGGUGUUAAAGGAGACCAUCAUCCCUGUUGGACACAACUCAUUCAUUUGCACACAUGGCGGAUGGAGGAGGGGAAGAGAAGCAGAGAGGGCUGGGGAAAUGGGCCACGAGAAAAGGAAUGAGGAGGAAAGGGAGAAAGAAAGAUGCCACGUCAAAGGUCAUGAUGGAGAGUCUGGGAAGGGAAGAGAUAUAGAAAUACAAAUAGAGCGAUACAGGGAACGGAGUGGGGGCAGAGAAAGGGACAGAAGUGCCAGGAGAGAGGCGAGCCGGGAUACUGUGAGGGACAGGGAAAUGGAUUGCCCGAGGGGGAGAAAAGAGGAGGAGAGGGAGGAGGGAACCCCCAAGUACCCCUAUCCACUAGUCCCAGGCCUUCGUACCAUCAGAGCAGACAACAUCAUCAUUAUUGAACAGGACAGAAAGGGAAGUGAUGAAAGGAGAGGUAGAAGGAGAGAGUCAGAGAGGGAGAGGGAGGUGAUGGAAGAGGAGCAGGAAAAUAGAGAUGUAACGAUGGACCUCAAGGAGUUUCUGGCUGGUGGAGGGAGUGUCACAGAGAUCCGAGCAUCAGAAAUUUUGAUCAUUAAACCCUUAGCUGGCACUGAGGACUCAAGAAGUGUAGGUCUAAAAAGGACAGGCAGGGAAGGAGAUGGAGAAAGAGGGAGAGAUGCAAAGUGCAAUAAAGAUGGAGGGAAGGACUGUGAGCGGCAGCUGGAGAGAGAGGUGGCAUGGUUGAUGAUGAAAGAUAAAGAGAGGGAAAACUUGAGGGAGAAAGACCGACCACGGACACAAGUUGCUUCUUCAGAAAAAGAGGAUAGGAGAUAUGGUGACACAGAUGACAGUAUCCACAACGAGAGAGGAGUUAGGGUGAGUGAGCUGCUGAGUAAAUUUGGGGAGCAUACAAAGAAAUUCAGAAAACAUCCAAAACCCCCGUCCCGGUCUAAAAGCUCAGAGUGUUUCAUCCGGCCUGGCAGGGACAGAGAAAGGUUUUGUCUGGAUGAGGACGAUGAUGGAGACAGGAGAGGGGAGGAGAAACAUGCAGGAUUCAGGGGUGUGCCCAAGCGGUCAUUCAGUUUCUCUGACCAGGUGAUAUGCGCAAAGGAGAACGGCAUACAGGAUGAGGGGAACCAUGACAGGAAGGUGGUGGAGAGGACAUAUUCAGACAGGAGGGUGGCAGGAAGGGGAGAUGUAGUGGAGGGGGAAUGGUCAGAGAGAGGAGGCAAGCAGGGGUGCUGGACCUGUCUUUCAGAUAAAAAGCGGGCAGGGAAGCAUAGAGAGGGAUGCAUAAAAGCAGACAGGGCGGUAGGGGGACAGCAUGAGAGACAGCCUGCUUUGGAAAGUAACGCCGGAAAAGAGACUGACCGUUGGCUCGAGAGAGUAACAGGAGUGGAGUUAGAUUUUAGUAACAAGGGGACAGAGGAACUAACAGAGAAUAUGUAUGGGGAGGUAGGGUUUACAAUGGCCUCAGUUAAAAACACAGAGGCCUCAUUUGCGCGAAGAGUGCCCAUCAAACAUGAUGGGCGAGAGAGAGCAGUGGGAAGAGAGGUAAGGCAAACAAGAGAAGAAAGCGAGAGAGGGAUGGACAGGGCGAGGAGCAAAGAGAGAGAGGGGGUGGGUGGAAGACAGGCAGAACCUCAAGUGCGGGAGAGAAGGGGGUCAGACUUUAGGAGAGGAUUAGAUUCUAGGGACAUGACGAGGGUAUCAGAAGUAAGGGACUGCACAAUUUCAGUUGAGACCACUCAGCAAAACUGUGUGAUCACCCUCUCCGUAGACAGAGCCAGUCCUCCUCAGUCGGUCGAUAGUCAUUACAAACACGUGUCAGCUUUUACAGAGUGCUCAUCAACCUUGCUCAGCACUGUGGCACAUAAAGGAACAGACUGGCAUAGUAGUCAAGGAGCACCGGGGUACCAUUCAACCCAGUCCCCACUGUCACAGCACACAGAGGAUCUUAUCAACAAGAUAGAGAGAGUGGGGGGGAAAGUGAAUGAACGUGACAAUCACAAAGGGACCCAAACCUCGAUGCAGGAUAGCAAAGGCGUGAUGAGGGAGCACACAGAGACUGAGAGAGGGAGCAAAGCUUAUAGGGAGCCAGGUGAGGUAAGCAAGGACAUCACACAUCCACCUGGUGCACACUUGCACAGUCAUGUUUAUCCCAAAAGGUCCGUUCAGGAAGUGACCCCUAAGUGUCCUAAGUCUCCAAAGCGCGUUGCCUCAGUUGGAAUCCCUCCAAUGCCACUUGAGAUACACAUACCCAGAACAGUGUUCUAUGGUGUGGGGGAGGCCAGCCUCCAAAGCGAAUACGACCAGAGCUGCGAAGGAGAGGGAGGGAAAGGUGUGGAGGGGAAGGACAGUUGGAGGAUCGCCAAGCCCUUGUCUCGCAUCGAAUCCUUGCGAGAGAAAAUCCAACAGAGAGAGAGGGUGAGGCUGAGGAACAUGGAGGGAGUGGCAACGACGGGGGAUGAUGGAGAUGCGACUGAGGGGACAGAAAAGGCUGGGACUAGAAGGACUAGAAAAGCUUCAAGUUCAGACUGGUGUGAGGAAGGAGAGAUGGGGAAGGAAAUGAAGCGAGAGAGACAGAGACAGGAAGGCUCUGCACCGCAGACAACAUCCACUCAGUUUGACGUCACACAGGAAGUGAGCGUGUCGAAAGCCGUCUCCCAGCUUCCUGUUCCUCUCUUGUUCUCGCAAGCUGUCAAAGGAGAGAAAGAAACCGGGGGGAUCUCCAUCGCAGCCUGUGAAGUAGCCUUGUUCAGCUCUCACACGACUGAGAGAGGGGAAGAUCCAACCAAACAUGUACUAGCGGAGUUACGGUGCGACAGGGGUCGGCAGAGGAAACAGAACAGCGGAGGCAGAGGAGGUAGAGGAGAAGAAGGAGAGGAUAAACUCUCGGAGGAAGAGUACAGGCUGCAUUAUCUGCCUCCUUCACACUCUCCCGCACCCCUAGACUCGCUCUCCCACUCUCUGCUUCACCCUCCCUCUCUUGCUGAGAUGAGCCGGAUCUAUAACUUGAAAACGGUGGGGUCCAGGACGGCGGUGUGCAUGAGUGACAGGACCGUGGAUAGGCCUAUCCCAUCACACACUCCGAAGGUACAGUCCCACAUAUCUGCAGAACAACAGGAGCCAUGCAGUCCAGAGAGAUCAGUUGGGAGGCUGAUACAGAAGCAGCUGUGGGGUGGUGGUGGGGCAUCUGGGAAUAAAGCCUCUUCCAGCCAUGAGACGUCCGGACUUCAGACUGCACAGUGUCAGGUGGAGCAACUUCAGUUGCGAGAACAACAGGAAGUACAGAGACUAUCACAUGACGACAACGCAGCACGGCCGUCUUUUGGACAAAAUAAUCAUUUGAAAGAUAAAGAGUCUAAAGCUCAGCAAAGCCCUAGGAUAUCACACAACCAGCCUAAUAAGGAACCUCAGCAGACGCAUCCGAGGCAAAAGGACCAGCAAACAAUCCUAAGUCCCAGAAAAUCUCAGUCCAAUCUGCAACUGCACUCUGAAAGGCCUCCUCAACCCAAGCAGGCCCAGUCCAACCAACCCAAACAGACCCAAUCCAUUACCAUCAACUCCAGAUCUCUCCUGACCCCCUCUCCUGAGAACUCAUUACACCCAGACCAGGGAGUCCCAACCCCCCCAUCAGCUUCGCCAUCCCAGUCCCCCUCCAUCUCUCCCUCCCCUUCCCCUUCUCCGACCCAUUUCACCAUCAGAAGCCUCUCUGGAGGCCAGCAGGUCAAGAGGGGCACCACCAUCACCAUCACCCCCAGGAAGCCUGUUGGAGGGGCAGCCGUGGAAGCAGUUUCAGUAUCCUCGGGACCCCUGGCCAAUACGUCUGCCCAGUCCCAGAUGCCUGUCCUAACCGAGGAAGUAGAGAGAGGCAAGAAGAGGUACCCCACCGCGGAGGAGAUCGAAGUGAUCGGUGGGUAUCAGAACCUGGACAAGUCCUGCCUGGUCAAGACUUCCAAAGCAUCUCCCAAAGGGGGGAAGGUGUGCUUCGACGAGACCCAGCUGGAGCAGGUGUGUGAGUACCCAUCAGAGACCUCCAUGUUUGACUCCACCCACUACCCCUUACUUGGUCAGGAAAAAGGGAGGGAGGAGGAGGUGCAGGAGGAAGAGGAGGAGGAGAGCGGAGUGCUUGUGUCCAGGAGCAGCAGGAAUGUGGGAGCAGCGGCUGGCCUGAGAGUGCUGAGAGUGGGUCAGUAUAUGUCACUUCCUUACAAAUACACUACAUGACCAAAAGUAUGGGCAUUAAUAUGGAGUUGGUCCUCCCUUUGCUGCUAUAACAGCCUCCACUCUUCUGGGUAGGCUUUUCACUAGAUGUUGGAACAUUGCUGCAGGGACUUGCUUCCAUUUAGCCACAAGAGCGUUAGUGCGGUCGGGCACUGAUGUUGAAGGAUUAGGCCUGGCUCGCAGACGGCGUUCCAAUUCAUUCCAAAGGUUUUCGAUGGGGUUGAGGUCGGGGCCCUGUGCAAGCCAAUCAAGUUCUGCCACACCGAUCUCAGCAUUUUUGUAUGAACCUUGCUUUAUGCACAGGGGCAUUGUCAUGUUGAAACAGGAAAGAGCCUUCCCCAAACUCUUGCCACAAAGUUAGAAGCACAGAAUCGUCUAGAAUGUCAUUAUAUGCUGUAGCGUUAAAAUGACCAUUCACUAGAAUUAAGGGGCCUAGCCCGAACCGUGAAAAACGGCCCCAAACCAUUAUUUUUCCUCCACCUAACUUUACAGUUGGCACUAUGCAUUGGGUCAGGUAGCGUUCUUCUGGCAUCUGCCAAACCCAGAUGUAUUCAUCGGACUGCCAGAUGGUGAAGCAUGAUUAAUGACUGCAAGCUCUACACCACUCCAGCCAACGCUUGGAAUUGCACAUGGUGAUCUUAGGCUUGUGUGUGGCUGCUCAGCCAUUGAUACCCAUUCCAUGAAGCUCCUGACGAAAAGACGUUGCUUCCAGUAUCAGGAAUCAAGGUAAGAUGCAGACACGUCGAAUUGACAAGGGUUUAAUAUUCCAACAGGGGCAGGCAAUAGACAGGUCAAGGUAGGGGCCAGUAAACCAGAGGUGGGGCAACAGUACCGGACGGCGGGCAGGCUCAGGGUCAGGGUAGGCAGAGGUCAACAAUCCAGAAGUGGGGCAAAGGUACAGGUCAGCAGGCAGGCUCAGCGUCAGGGGCAGGCAGAGUGGUCAGGCAGGCGGGCUCAGAGUCAGGACAGGCAAGGGUCAAAACCAGGAGGGCGAGAAAAAGGAGAGACUGGAAAGAACAGGAGCUGAGAAAAAACGCUGGUUGACUUGACAAACAAGACGAACUGGCAACAGACAAACAGAGAACACAGGAGACAAAGGGCUGUGAGACAUAGGUUUGACUCUGGACACAUGAAAGGUGGGAUGUAUACGAAGAGUACUGGGCAACAGAAGAUUAACAGCAGAGGGGCUAAUAAUCUUGAAGAUGGGAAAUCUCCAAGAGGGCACAGAACACCUUCCAGAACCGGGACAAGAACUGAGGCCCCCAGUCGGAGACCAUGUCCGCGGGCAGUCCAUGGAUCCAGAAGAGGUGCUGCACCAUGAACUGGGCCGUCUCCUUGACCGAGGGUAGUUUAGGGAGAGUGAUGUAGUGAGCGACCUUGGAAAACCGAUCAACCACAGUCAGGAUGGCAGUGUUGCCCUCAGACGGGGGAAGACCCAUGACGAAAUCCAGGGAUAUGUGGGACCAGGAUCGGUGAGGGGCAGGCAGUGGUUGCAGAAGACCAGCCGGCGCUUGCCGAGAAGCGCCGUUUUGAGCAGAGGCCGUACAGGCAUAUACAAACGCGGCGACAUCCGGAACCAUCGUUGGCCACCAAAAGCGUUGUCGCACGAAGGCCAGGGUCCGAUGGGACCCCUGGUGGCAGGCAAGCCUGGAGGAAUGGGCCCACUCCAGGACAGCAGAGCGGACAGCGUCAGGCACAAACAUCCAGUUAUCAGGGCCCCCCCCAGGGUUCGGCUGGGACCGCUGCGCCUCUCAGACCUGUUUCCCUAUACCCCAGUUGAGUGCCGUGACCAAGCACGAGGUGGGAUUCCAAGCACUCUACGCUUGUUCCCACACGGCAGUAGCCCAGGUGAGAGCCCUCCCGGUCAUCAGCGUGAUGAGGUAGGCUAUCUAGGAGCGGUCUGAGGGGAAGGAGGAGGGCUGAAGCUUGAAGACGAGGACACACUGAUCUAGGAACGCCCGACAGGUGCUCGGCUCUCCAUUGAAGCAUUCCAAAGGAGGUAAGUGGGGCUCCCGAGAAGGUGGAGUGAACGAUGAGACAGCGCUGCUAGUACUUUGCGGCUGAGCCGUUGUUGCUCCCAGACAUUUCCACUUCACAAUAAAAGCAUUUACAGUUGACCAGGGCAGCUCUAGCAGGGCAGAAAUUUGACGAAGUGACUUGUUGGAAAACUGUGCCAUGUUGAAAAUCACUGAGCGCUUCAGUAAGGCCAUUCUAUGGCCAAUAUUUGUCUAUGGAGAUUGCAUGGCUGUGUGCUCGAUUUUAAACACCUGUCAGCAACGGGUGGUUGUCCAGUCAUGAAAUGUGGUUGUCCAGUCAUGAAAUGUGGUUGUCCAGUCAUGAAAUGUGGUUGUCCAGUCAUGAAAUGUGGUUGUCCAGUCAUGAAAUGUGGUUGUCCAGUCAUGAAAUGUGGUUGUCCAGUCUGAAAUGUGGUUGUCCAGUCUGAAAUGUGGUUGUCCAGUCAUGAAACGUGGUUGUCCAGUCUGAAAUGUGGUUGUCCAGUCAUGAAAUGUGGUUGUCCAGUCAUGAAAUGUGGUUGUCCAGUCAUGAAAUGUGGUUGUCCAGUCUGAAAUGUGGUUGUCCAGUCAUUAAAUGUGGUUGUCCAGUCAUGAAAUGUGGUUGUCCAGUCUGAAAUGUGGUUGUCCAGUCUGAAAUGUGGUUGUCCAGUCAUGAAAUGUGGUUGUCCAGUCAUGAAAUGUGGUUGUCCAGUCUGAAAUGUGGUUGUCCAGUCAUGAAAUGUGGCUGUCCAGUCUGAAAUGUGGUUGUCCAGUCUGAAUUGUGUCUCAUAACUCCUCUUUAUCUCUCUAUUUUACAGAUGAGUCUUGCCAUCGGUAGACAUCAGUCGGCUCGCCAAAUUGCUCAAGUAGUGUGGUUAAGAUUAGAUUUUAUCUUGCAAUAAGACUUUUGUUUUCCUGUAUUUUGUUUCUUUGAAAUGAUUCAUUUAAUGUUAGUAAUCUUUUUUGAUGUACAAUGUUUUAUUUUACAUAGGAUCAGGGACUAUUGGUUUUGAAUAAAAAAUAACCGUUUUAUGUAGUUUGUGAGAUGAUUGUGUAACGAUGUGCGCUGAGAGUCAGGAAGCAAAUUCAGGGAGUGAGUGUUUUAAUAAAUAUAUGCAACAUAAUACCAACCAAGAAACACGAUCAAUGCACAGACAAGAAACUGAAACAGAAACAAUAACGCCUUGGGAAGGAACCAAAGGCAGUGACAUAUAGGGAACGUAAUCAGGGAAGUGAUGAGUCCAGGUGUGUCUGAUGAUGCGCAGGUCCGCGUAACGAUGGUGACAGGUGCGCGCCAUAACGAGCAGCCUGGUGACCAAGAGGCUGAAGAGGGAGCACACGUGACAGAAUGGUGGAGCCUCAACUCCUCUAUUUCAGUGUAAAAGUGUAAAGACAAUAUGAAAACAUGGUACAUAUUGUAGCCUAUAAGUUUUACUAUAUACACUUGUUGUAUUUUUACUAUCAGGUGUGUACUAUUGGGUGAUGAUCACAUGUCUAUGCAAGUUAGUGGAUUAGCUUAGUUCAACAACAAAACGUCUCUACUGUAUAUAAACUCUGCAUCAGCACUGUAACGAUUCACUGUGCAUUCCAAAUGACACUCUAUUCCCGAUAGGGCUCUGGACAAAAGUAGUGCACUAGAAAGGGAUUAGAAUGUCAUUUUGGACGCAUCCUCAAUGAUGCUAACAGUAUAUCAUCUGGUCCCUGUGCCUGCUGGAUUUGCUCAUACAGAUGAUAUAAGAACAGGUCAUCUAUAAGUCCAAGAUGAAUUUUGAGCCUUGUGAACACCCCUCAUAUGUAGUUUCUGGCAAACCAUGGCUAUAUGUAACAUCAUGAGAAUUCUGUUUUGUUCAAUUACUGUUUCUGUUUGAACCACAAAAUGGAUUUCAGCUAGCCUUAAUGCAGAUUAUUGAAAAUACUGAUGAUACAUUAUGGAAUAAUCACCAAUGCACAUUAUUAUAAUAUAUUUUUUUAUUUUUCACUGUUUGCCCUUUAGUGGAAUUAAUGUGGUAGAAUGAAAAAGAGUAGUAUAUCUACUGUAUCUGUACUAAUUUGACUGCAUAGUUUUGAAUGGAAAAGGUAUUAUGUUUGUGUCUCUGGUGUUGUUAUGUGAGACUACAGCACAUGGGUGAUGUGGGUGAAAACAGGAUUUAAGGGAUGUUUACAACAUUUAAUCCAUAGAAGGGUCCUUUGGAGGAAGGGUUGGUGACAUAUAUUUGGCAUUUGUAUCUAAAAGCAUAAUUGAGAAAUAAUUCAUCAAAGUUGGCAUAUUUAUGAAAUGUUGAUCUGACACAGGUCUCUUUUAAGACUCCAUUAUGUUUUUCUGUAGGUGCUACAAAGCAAACAUUGGUGUCAUAUGAAGCUUUACCACUUGCUCUGUAAUAUGAGUAGUAUUUUGUUUUCAAUAACAAUUUUCUUGCAUUAAUUUAUGAAUACUGAAAAAUAAGUGUUUUUUUUAAUUUGGCAAUUUUUUCUAUAUAUUGUUGAACGUAAUAUAUAUACUCUAUGGACAUAUCAAAGUUCUCUGCUACUUUUAGAGUUAUUAUCCAAUUUGUAAGCAUUAAGAACAGAGUGAAUGUGAAAAUUGAUUCAAAAUGGUUGCCCACUGCUGGUGAUUUGCAGGAUGUACAAUAUGUUGAAAGAUUUGCCAAAUAUUUUUUUCUAUAUUCUAUAUUCUUGUUUAUAUUAUAUUCAUUCAUUCAUGUAAGAAAAUUGUUAUUGAAAUCAAAAUACCAAAAUACCAAAAUAUUUAUAAGACACAGGUUUUUGUAGCACCUACAUAUGAAACAUUAUGGCGUCUUAAAGGAGGCCUGGGUAAGGCCAAAAUGUCAUAAAUAGGACAACUUCGAUUAAGUAUUUCUCAAUUCUGCUUUUAAACACAAAUGUAAAAUAUAUGUCAACCAUCCUUCCUCCAAAGAAGCAUUCUAUGGAUAAAUGUUGUGAAAAUCUCCCAAAUCAUGGUAUUUUUUCAUCCUGGUUUUGUGAGGAAUCACCGACAUCCCAAAUAAGGGGACAAACGUUAUAAUGGCUCCAUGGGAUGCUGUAAUCUCAAUUUUAGAUGAAAAAUAAUCUAAAUUAAGAAUAUCGGAUUUAUGGUAUAUCUGAUUUAUGCUCCCACGUGUGCAAUUUUAAUAUUUGGAUUUAUUCUGUUUUUAUUGUGGUCGAAGAAGCUGGCUUCAUGAGAGAAAAACAUCAAAUAAAUUAUUUGAAACCAA